AAUUAAAGAGCAAAAUCGACCAAAGCGAAGCUUAACUUCGCCUGUUUGCAAACCGGAUGCCAAUUCGUCCGAGUCGCAACUAAUUAGCUCCAGCCGUGCCCGAGCGCUGGUUUCACGCGCAGAGUUAAAUAGGGAAAGGUAGAAGGACUGCAGUCUGUUGCGAUGAAAACAAAGUGGCGUCCCUAUAUUUUGUGGAGUGUUUUUUCACUUUGCCUCCUCAACUGUGCAAUAGGCACUUAUGAAUCUCCAUUUACCAGAAAAAAACAAGUUUUCAAACUGGGUGGUACACUGAAAUCCCAAUCAAUUAAACAGUCAAGAACAGACGACAGAAAAUCCUCUCGGAGGUUACCUACCAGCACUUCUCCAAUGUCUCCACUCAGUUCCCAAAGACCUUACCCUCCUCUGACACCUCGACCCAUGCGUCCAGGGGAUCCCGAGGCAAAAAUCCAGGCGGAAUUUGCUUACCUCCCAGACGUUUCUGUAACCUGCUCCGCGUCCGACGUUGUCGUGCGGGUCAAACCAGCUUUCUACGGUCUGGGCGCAGGUAAAGAGGAGCUGAAAUUAGGCAGCGCCUGCAAAAGCAACGGGGUUCUCAGACCAUACGGGGACCUGCUUUUCACGUAUCCUCUUACAGCGUGUGAUGCCGUGCGUGAGUCGCCCACCGGGUAUCUGCUCUACAAAUACGAGCUCCAUUAUGAGCCUUCGCCAAAGCGUUCAUCUCAACGGAUCAAUGUCGACAUUGAGUGCCGUUAUCGGAGGAGCCACCAUGUGCAUCGUCUGACUGUGCGGCCCACCUGGGAAACUGCUAUUAUGCAUAAAAGGCUGAAAGGAAGUCCAAAUGACUUCCAUAUAGAGUUGAUGGAUGAUUCAUGGAGAACACCAGCCAAGUCUCUGGUGUACGAGCUUGGAAAGACUGUUAAUUUCCAGGUCUCUGCUCCUCAUCUUUCAACUCGUGGAAAACUGUACAUCAAAACCUGCUAUGCCACACCAUACAGUGGCUUGAAAUCAAAUACACUCAAAUACACCAUCAUUGACGAUUUUGGCUGUUUGCUGGACAGCAAGAGCGACCCAGGGGCCUCUCAGUUCAUCUCUCGGACAGAUAACACCCUAAGAUUCUCCCUGAAGGCUUUCCAGUUUAAUUCUGACCCUUACACCGAGGUCAGAAUUCACUGCAAAUUGUUUGUCACACCUGAGGACCCAGGUCCUGCACACAAAUCAUGCACCUACAGAGGGAACGGGUGGAAGGCCCUCACUGGUGAUAACUCUAUAUGUGAAUGCUGUGAUUCAAAAUGUGUGACCUCUAAACACCGGAGGGCCAUGAUGGAAGGCUCUGCCAGCAGUGGGUCAUUGUUGGUCUCUGAUCAGCCAUAUGCAGAAGAUGGCUUUCUACCGGUCAAUAUGAGCAGAGAAGGAGAGACCCUGUGGAAAAGUGCAGAAGUAGUAAAGUAUGCCGAUAAUGACAAAGUGCAAGACUACGCAGAUAAAGAAGAGGAUGAGGAAAGUGGCGUUGUCAAUGGAGUGAUAACUGAACCUGAUUUAGAUGAGUUAGGUUUUUGGAGGAGGGUCUUAGUGAAGAAGUCUGAAGGGGAAGAUGGGUCAGGGUAUGUAUUGGAGGAGGGAUUCAAAGGAGGAGAAGAUGAGAUCCAUUUGAAUCAGAAGGAAGGUGAAGUGUUGCGUCACUGGAGAGAGGUAAAUCCGCUGGCCUCUGAGAGCAGGGAAGAAAACGGGAAGCAUACAGAUAGAGGUGAAGAUCGUGACGGGACAACAGCCUCUGAGGUGGAGUGGAAGACUGCUGACAGUCUGGCAGAUUUCCGAGAGGAUAGUGAGAUGACCUGGUAUUUCAAAUGGAGUUAGCAUUAGUUUAUUGAAUUGUUCGGUCGUCUGCUCAA